AUGGCGUCGCCCGCUCCUGCGACCGGGAAGCCGAUCGCUCCGCUGCGGCCGCCGGCCUCGGUCCGCUCCGGCGGCGGAGGAGUCGGAUUCAGGUCGACGCGGCCGUCCCUGACUGCGGCUGUAUCCCGGUUCAGAGUCUCCGCCUCCGCUUCCGACUCCGGUGUGCCGGACUUCCUCUCCUCCGAUUGGCUUGAAACACGCAAGAAGAAGCCUUUUGGCCCCAGGUUGAAUUAUAAUGCAGAAGAAGCAGUGGAAUACCAACUUGAGGCCUUGAAAUACAAUGAUAAACCCCGCCCAGAUUAUGGGGUAGAGGUCAUGUACCGGUUUGCAGGCUUUGAUCCAUUUGAAAGGUCAACUUAUUUUGGACGACAGUUUGAUCUUGGCCAGUUCGAACGUUUCCGGCGGAUAUUUCACCACUCAACUUACAGAGUGCUGCUUGCCCACAAAGAAAGAGAAAUAUUGAGCAGAUUAUGGGUUGAAGAGAACCAGUUUAAGCAGAGAGUCUGGGUCCGAGGAGCUCGUCCGGAGGAAGAAGAGAUAUUCCAAUUUACAAUGAUUCAGAGAGUUGGAGGCUCGUGGGAUGGAUACUGGUUAACCGAGAGCCUGACCAACGAUGAUGGAGACGCGUUCGCGGGUGGGGUUGCUUAUUGAUCAUGGCGUAUCUUGAACAUUCUGCUGUCAGCGUGCUGAUGUACAUAUGAAGCCCCGAUACAUUAUACUAGCAGAUUAGCAAUGUAAGUAUGAGGUAUGAACUGAUGGUCCAGUUAUAGGAGUUGUCGCUGUCCAUGUAGAUGUCACGCCAGGAUUAGCAGAAGAAACGAAUUUGUGGUAGAAUUGGCUGGUGCGUUCCCAUUCUGUAAAGUAUUUCGUCAUGUCAACCAUUCCGCCAAGUUGCCAAAAACGUGUAGGAGACUGUCGCUCUCAAUGCAAAAUAUACUUCUUGUUAA